GGCCGGCGAAUGGCGGCGUCUGCGCUGCCACGUCACGGCUGCGGCGCCGGAGCGGCGGCCCCUGACGCGAGAAUAGCUAAUCACCCGGGAUGUGGGGCCCGUCAUUUUCGCGCGGCGGCAUCGCAGGCACGCCUCCGGCUAGAGUGCUGCUGUCGUCCCCGAGUCGAGCGGUGUCGCGCCUAGCGCCCCAGAGCCGUGGCGGCCGAGCAACGCGACGCAGCAGCAGGCGGCUCCGCGCUCCUGCAGACGACAGCGUCGCCGUCACCGCAGCCGCUGCCGCCGCCGCCGCUGGAGAUGCGAUCUUCGCCCGGUGACGCGAUGGCCUUCCAGCCCUUCCUCAUGCCGGCCGUGCGCCCCACGCCGCAGGACUUUUCGGUGCACUCGCUGCUCGGCGGCGCACAGCCGCCGUACUUGCCGGCACUGGCGGGCUUUCCGGCGUCGCUGUUUCCCAAGUUGCAUCCCGGGGCCGCGGGACCGUGUCCUCCGCUGACGGCCGAAGACCUGCUGGCGGCCGCACACCGAGGUGCGCCGCUUUUGCGGCCGCCGCCGGGACUAGAGCCCGAGGACGACGGAGUGCAAGACGACCCCAAGGUGACGCUCGAGUCCAAAGAACUCUGGGAGAGGUUUCACACUUUCGGCACCGAAAUGGUCAUCACCAAGUCGGGCAGGCGGAUGUUCCCGGCGUACAAGGUCCGCGUCACGGGGCUCGACAAGAAAGCCAAGUACAUCUUACUCAUGGACAUCGUGGCGGCGGACGACUGCCGCUACAAGUUCCACAACAGCCGGUGGAUGAUCGCCGGGAAGGCGGAUCCGGAGAUGCCCAAGCGCAUGUACAUCCACCCGGACUCGCCGUCGACCGGAGAGCAGUGGAUGCAGAAAGUGGUGUCCUUCCACAAGCUCAAGCUCACCAACAACAUAUCCGACAAGCACGGCUUUACGAUCCUGAACUCGAUGCACAAGUACCAGCCCCGGUUCCACCUGGUGCGCGCCAACGACAUCCUCAAGCUGCCUUACAGCACCUUCAGGACGUACGUCUUCAAGGAGACGGAGUUCAUCGCCGUCACCGCCUACCAGAACGAGAAGAUAACUCAGCUGAAGAUAGACAACAACCCAUUCGCCAAAGGAUUUCGUGACACUGGCGCCGGCAAGCGGGAAAAGAAACGGCAGGCGAUGUUGCUGCAGCAGCAGCCGCAUUCCCACGGGAGCCACCAGGGUUCGCCGCUGAGCCGCGUGGGGGGCAACCACCAUCACGCGGCCAUGAUGUCCGGACAAGACGACUCCAGCGACGAUGAGGACAAGCUCGACGUCGGUGAGGCGUCGGACCUCAGGCCAGACGGUCUUCUGGACCGCGCCGGAGCUUUGGACAUCCGAAGGGAAGACGGCAUCGAAAGACGCUCGUCUCCGGCGUCCACGUCGAGCCCCGUAGGAGACCUGCAUGAACGCGCCAAGCUGAGCGCCGCCGCAUCAGCCUCUGGACUACCGCAGCCUUCCCCGCUCCUGCCCUACUUCUACCCGCCCUCGCUGUACCCUCCAGGCCUGACCCUGCCUCAACUGUUCUUCCCGGGCGCCGUGGCCGGAAGCCUUCCCGCGUCCGCGAACCCAGCCGCGCUGUCCUUCCUCAUGGCCAACCACCCGCUGCUGAAUCCCGUAGCCUACUCCGAAAUGGCGGCCCGCCUCAAGCAGCACCGAUUCUCGCCGUACUCCGUUCCCCUGGGCGGCCCCGCGGCAGCCGCUGCCGCCGCCGCGGCCGCAGCGGCAGCCGGAGGCCAGUCUCCGUUCCGGUUGCACGGUUUCUUUCCGGACGAAGGAUCUUCAUCUUUGCCGAGAUCACCGUUGGAAACGAUGUUCCAGAGACGAACGCCCUCGACCACGCCACCGCCGGUGCCGGCGCAGGACUCCGGGACCAAGUCUAGCCCGACGGUCAACUCGGAGGACGGCUGCAGUUCUUCCGGGGAGAGCUCCAGGAGUGGCGUGACGGGCAGGGGGACCAGUUCUCCGCCGCCGCUGCUUCUGCUACGGACCACUGGUGGUGCUUCCUCGUCGAGUGAUCUCAGGAGCAUCGAGAACAUCGUGAACGGACUGGAGCGCCGGAGGGACUCGAGGGCCGAGAGCGUUGCCGCGGCGACGGGGAAGGCACUCCAGGACAGGACGAGUGCCGGUUGUUAG